CUAUAAAAGAAGAACAAUAAACCAACCUCAAGGAGAGAGAAUGCCAAAGUCUUAAUAGAAAGGAAGUGACAUUAAUGCAGUGCUCAACUACCAUUUUAAUGGACAAGAAGUAGUUUCCCACUCUCAUACACAAACAAGAAAGGAAGUUGUUCUUUCUUUAUAUGUGGCUUAUCUCUCACAAAAUCCUAGGGUUUGUUUCCUUGCUGUCAGAUCUAAACUCGAUCCACUCAAAAUGUGGAACUCGGCCGAGAAUGCGUUUGCCAGAACGCCUUCGUUUCGGGAGCAAGGAGAGGAUGAAGAAGCGCUCCGGUGGGCGGCUUUGGAGAGGCUGCCCACUUACGCCCGAGUUCGGAGAGGCAUAUUUAGGAAUGUCGUUGGGGAUCAUAGAGAAAUUGAUGUGAGUAAGCUUGAGGCUCAAGAACAGAGGCUUGUGCUGGAACGGCUAGUGAACGCUGUCGAUGAUGACCCCGAGCGGUUCUUUGAUCGGAUGCGGAAGCGAUUUGAAGCAGUAGAUUUGGAAUUCCCAAAGAUUGAAGUUCGAUUUCAGAAUCUAACAGUUGAUUCUUACGUACACGUUGGAAGUAGGGCACUUCCAACCAUUCCCAACUUUAUUUUCAACAUGACUGAGGCAUUUUUAAGACAGUUGCAUAUUUAUCGAGGAAACAGGAGCAAGCUAACAAUUUUAGAUAACAUUAGUGGGAUUAUUAGACCUUCCAGAUUAACAUUGUUAUUGGGUCCUCCAAGCUCUGGAAAGACGACACUGCUCUUGGCUCUUGCUGGACGUCUUGCAAGUAAUUUGCAGAUGUCAGGUAAAAUUACAUAUAACGGGCACAGUCUAAAUGAAUUUGUUGCUCCAAGGACAUCCGCUUAUGUCAGUCAACAGGAUUGGCAUGUGGCAGAAAUGACAGUUAGAGAAACUCUUGAGUUGGCUGGACGCUGUCAAGGUGUUGGGUUCAAAUUUGAUAUGCUUUUGGAACUGGCAAGAAGAGAGAAGAUUGCUGAGAUAAAACCUGAUGAAGAUCUUGAUAUAUUCAUGAAGUCAUUGGCUUUGGGGGGACAAGAGACUAGCCUCGUGGUGGAGUACAUAAUGAAGAUUUUAGGUUUGGACACAUGUGCUGACACGUUGGUGGGUGAUGAAAUGCUUAAAGGGAUCUCGGGGGGCCAGAAGAAGCGGCUCACAACAGGUGAAUUGCUAGUCGGUCCAGCUAGAGCACUGUUCAUGGAUGAAAUAUCUAAUGGACUUGACAGUUCAACCACUUAUCAAAUCAUCAAAUAUCUUAGGCAUUCAACUUGUGCCCUUGAUGCAACUACUGUAAUUUCUUUGCUGCAACCUGCUCCUGAGACUUACGAGCUGUUUGAUGAUGUCAUACUUUUGUGUGAGGGGCAGAUUGUGUACCAGGGACCCCGUGAUACUGUUCUUGAUUUCUUUUCCUGUAUGGGAUUUCGUUGUCCGCAGAGAAAGAAUGUGGCAGACUUCUUGCAAGAAGUUACUUCGAAGAAGGAUCAAGAGCAAUAUUGGUCUGCAAACCGCCCUUAUCGAUACAUCCCUCCAGGGAAGUUUGCUGAAGCCUUUCGUUCAUAUCAAACUGGUAGAAAUUUGUCUGAGGAGCUUGAAUUUCCUUUUGAUAAACGUUAUAAUCAUCCAGCAGCAUUAUCCACUUCUCAUUUCGGUAUUAAGCAAAGUGAACUCUUCAAGAUCAGCUUUAAUUGGCAGAAACUACUAAUGAAACGGAAUUCUUUUAUAUAUGUUUUUAAAUUUAUUCAGCUUCUUAUUGUUGCCUUGAUCACAAUGAGCGUGUUCUUCCGGACCACAAUGGAUCAUAAUACAAUAUAUGAUGGAGGCCUAUAUGUUGGGGCACUAUACUUUUCGAUGGUCAUUAUUCUUUUCAAUGGCUUUACAGAGGUUUCAAUGUUGGUAGCAAAGCUUCCAGUGCUUUACAAGCAUAGAGAUUUGCGCUUCUACCCAAGCUGGGCUUAUACGAUUCCUGCUUGGGUCCUUAGCAUACCAACUUCACUCAUGGAGUCUGGUCUCUGGGUAGCAGUUACAUAUUAUGUCAUUGGAUAUGAUCCUGAUAUUACUAGAUUUUUUCGUCAGUUCUUGUUAUAUUUCUUUCUGCACCAAAUGUCUAUAGCAUUAUUCCGUGUCAUUGGAUCCUUGGGGCGCAAUAUGAUAGUUGCUAACACAUUUGGAUCUUUCGCUAUGUUGGUUGUUAUGGCUCUUGGUGGAUACAUCAUUUCAAGAGAAUAUAUCCCGAGAUGGUGGAUAUGGGGUUUCUGGAUUUCUCCAUUGAUGUAUGCUCAAAAUGCAGCUUCAGUGAAUGAAUUUCUUGGGCAUUCUUGGGAUAAGAGAGCUGGGAAUGAUGCUAACUUUUCAUUAGGUGAGGCAUUACUGAGGGCACGGAGUUUGUUUCCAGAGAGCUACUGGUACUGGAUUGGUGUUGGUGCAUUGCUUGGAUAUACAAUUUUGCUCAAUGCUUUAUUUACCUUCUUCCUAGCUCACCUUAAUCCUUUGGGGAGGCAACAAGCAGUUGUAUCCAAGGAAGAGCUUCAAGAGAGAGAUAAGAGAAGGAAAGGUGAAAAUGUUGUUAUUGAAUUGAGAGAGUACUUACAGCAUUCAGGCUCAGUAAAUGGAAAAUACUUCAAGCAGAGAGGUAUGGCUCUUCCAUUUCAACCACUUUCCAUGACUUUCAGCAAUAUCAAUUACUUUGUGGAUGUCCCUGGGGAGUUGAAGCAACAAGGAGUCGUAGAAGACAGAUUGCAGUUAUUAGUUAAUGUCACUGGAGCAUUUAGGCCUGGUGUGCUAACAGCAUUAGUGGGAGUUAGUGGUGCAGGAAAAACCACACUUAUGGAUGUUUUAGCUGGUAGGAAAACUGGAGGGGUAAUAGACGGGAGUAUAUGUAUAUCUGGUUAUCCCAAAAAGCAAGAAACCUUUGCAAGAAUUUCUGGUUACUGUGAACAAAAUGAUAUCCACUCUCCCUGUUUGACUGUUCUUGAAUCUCUUCUUUUCUCUGCAUGGCUCCGGUUAUCAUCAGAAGUUGACAUGGAGACACAGCAGGCAUUUGUUGAGGAAGUGAUGGAACUUGUGGAGCUUACUCCUUUAAGUGGGGCAUUGAUUGGUCUACCUGGAGUAGAUGGUCUAUCAACAGAACAAAGAAAAAGAUUAACAAUUGCUGUUGAAUUGGUUGCAAACCCAUCUAUAGUAUUCAUGGAUGAGCCCACAUCAGGGUUGGAUGCUAGAGCUGCUGCCAUUGUAAUGAGGACUGUGAGAAAUAUUGUAAACACUGGGCGUACAAUUGUUUGCACAAUUCAUCAGCCCAGCAUUGACAUCUUUGAAUCCUUUGAUGAGCUUUUAUUUAUGAAGCGUGGAGGACAGCUAAUUUACGCUGGUCCACUUGGCUGCAGGUCUAGUGAGCUCAUCAAGUAUUUUGAGGCAGUUGAAGGGGUAACAAAAAUCAGGCCUGGAUAUAAUCCUGCUGCCUGGAUGCUUGAAGUUACUUCCCCAUCUGAAGAAAUCCGUCUGGGUGUGGAUUUUGCUGAAAUUUACAGAAAAUCUAAUCUGUUUCAGCGGAAUAGAGAUUUGGUUGAAAACCUGAGCAAGCCAAGUAGUAAUGCAAAAGAGUUGAACUUUCCAACCAAGUAUUCUCAGUCAUAUUUUGAACAAUUUUUAGCAUGUCUCUGGAAGCAAAAUCUAUCUUAUUGGAGAAAUCCGCAAUACACUGCAGUUCGCGUCUUCUACACUGUUGUAAUCUCAUUGAUGCUUGGAACAAUAUGUUGGAAAUUUGGAUCAAAAAGGGAAAAUGAGCAAGAAUUAUUCAAUGCUAUGGGAUCCAUGUAUGCUGCGGUACUGUUCAUUGGGAUUACCAAUGCAUCUGCUGUCCAGCCUGUUGUUUCUGUUGAAAGAUUUGUUUCAUAUCGAGAGAGAGUUGCAGGAAUGUACUCUGCUCUACCGUUUGCGUUUGCUCAGGUCGUUAUUGAGUUCCCCUAUGUAUUUGGACAGACAAUUAUUUACUGUGCAAUUUUCUACUCCAUGGCAUCAUUUGAAUGGACUGCUUUGAAAUUUGUUUGGUACAUAUUCUUCAUGUAUUUUACUAUGUUGUACUUCACCUUUUAUGGAAUGAUGACAACUGCCAUCACACCAAAUCAUAAUGUGGCUUCUAUCAUUGCGGCUCCAUUUUACAUGCUCUGGAACCUUUUCAGUGGCUUUAUGAUUCCUCACAAGAGAAUCCCUAUAUGGUGGAGAUGGUAUUACUGGGCAAACCCUAUAGCUUGGACUCUAUAUGGGCUCUUGACUUCACAGUAUGGAGAUGAUGACAAUCUGAUGAAGUUAUCGGACGGGGAUCCCUUACCAGUAAAGCAAGUACUCAGGGAAGUGCUUGGGUAUAAGCAUGAAUUCUUGAGUGUAUCAGGUGUAAUGGUGGUCUGCUUCUGUGUGCUUUUUGCAGUAAUAUUUGCUUUUGCAAUAAAAGCCUUCAAUUUCCAAAGGAGAUGAAAAGGUAGAUCAACAUAAAUUUUCUAGAGAUCAAUCAUUUGUUUAUCUGAAUUAGCCAGAAAUUCUUGUUUGUGUAAAACAAUAAUAUAUACAGUUUCAUACACAUUUGAUUGCUGUACUAUUUAUUUUAUAUGAAUUAUGUCUAAACUGUAAAGUAUAUUACCGCAGGCUUUGUAAGAAAUCGAUUGGCAUUUUUUUUUUUU